AUGGGCGAGCAUAACCUCCUCAAUAGUGGGUUUGUGGGACCUUUGGUGAACAUCCACACUGGAGACGCGUUUUACCUCCACAACUUCCGGUCUUCUGCGGCGCUUCCUUCCCUCCCUUACGCGAGACGGGACAAUGUUUGGACUCAACCGGAGCCGUGCAACGGAUACAUGCAGCCGUUUUUUGGCAACCCGGUGUCCCUGAACCCCACUUUUAACCGAGCGUGCGAGAUUGCGCGGCAGGAAGAGAGCAAAUGCUUUUACAGUGGAAGUGGAGGUGGAGGAGGGAACAUCCGGGAGAGCUGCGCCAACCUUAAACGCGAUGACAGGGCGAGAGACGACUCCUCUGUGCCUGGAGUCAGAGAGCACGGAGUGGCAGAUGCUAGCAUGAUGGGCUACGGAUACGGUGCAGAGCAAGUGAGCCAGAAUCCUCCAUCCUGUCACGCCAUGCAGUCGGAGUCAGGGUCCUCGCACCACGAACCGGAAAAAGUGUCGUGCAGCAUCGCCCAUUCCUUAGCAUCUCAUCCAUGCAGCACAACCCAAGGCGGAGGUGCUCCGUGGUACCCGGCGCACGCGCGGAACCGGAAGAAGCGCAAGCCCUAUUCCAAACUGCAGCUGGCCGAGCUCGAGAGCGAGUUCAUGCUCAACGAAUUCAUCACGCGACAGCGGAGGAAGGAGCUUUCGGACCGACUCAGUUUAUCCGACCAACAAGUGAAGAUCUGGUUUCAAAACCGACGCAUGAAGAAGAAAAGACUGAUGCUGAGGGAACAGGCUCUAUCUUUCUUUUAGGGAAAAAGUAGCA